AAAUGGAAAGAAAACCUGACAGUGGAAAAGUUCAAGGUACAAAGUCUCAACAGAAUGUGUCAAACAAAAAUAAUGACUCGAAACCUAAAGUUUCUCAGUCACUCCCAGAUACAAAAAAUGUUUCUUCUGAUAAGAGUGUUGAGUCUUUGCAAAAUAUGACAAACAAGAUUGCUGAUUCCAAUGCAAGGGCGUGGCAGUCAUUUCGAGCUGCGAAAAAAGUUUCUUCUGAUAAGGCUGAGGGAAAAGAAAAUUUUGAUGGACAAGGCAAUUCAUAUAGACCUUCAAAUGUGCAGCAUUUGCAUAAAAUUGUUGAGACCACAAAUGUUCAUGGUGAUAGGCAGAAUGUGCAGGCAAAAGCUAUUGAUUCAAACAAGUACAAACUUUCUCAAAAACAAUCAAAGCCUACUAUGCCGUUGGACUCCUCUAACAAGUUUCAAAACGAGAAAGGAAAGAAGAAUUCAGUCAGCCAAUCCAAUUCAUCCUCGCCAUCUUCAAAUUUACAUUCGUCUAAUGCUUCGACGCCAUCAAGCAAAGUUAUUGACGAAUCUGAAUAUAUUGAAUUAAAAAAGAAGGCGAAGGAAAAUAUUGAAUUAAAAGAUUUGCUUGCUAAAAUUUUUGAUGAAGAUAAAAAGUUUCCUGGUCUAGAAAAGAAGGCUGAGGAAUUUGAUUAUAUGAAAAAAGCUUUCGAGGCUAUGCUCGACAGAAAGUUUAAUAUUGGAAGCAAAUUGGAAAAAUUCCGUGCUUUUCUUGCUUCUCAAAACCCUUCCGUGUUGGAUGAAAUCAAAAGAAAAUCUGGUUAUAAUGCUCUUCGUUAUUUUGAACUAUUGAGCCAACACUUUGUGCUUUAUGAAUAUACCAAGAAUGGAUUUGAGAAGGUGAAAUAUUUGCCUAUGGACUUAAUGAAAAAGGCUCGUGAAUAUGCGGCUAAGUUGGAAAUAAAUCAAGGCUGCGAAAAAUUGUGGGGUGGAUACGCAUGUUGUGUGAAAAGAUAUUAUGCUGAAAAGUUCUUUAUUGAUGUAAAAUCACACAGUACAGUAAGUGUGCUUUGUAAAAUAUUAAUGGAAUGUUCUCGUGGGUUGUUGAAUGAACGUCUCCUCUCUAUGGCAAAUUCUAACCACACGUCCUACUACGAAACAUCGGAGUUAGAUUAUUUAUAUUUUUGUAUUGGGAAAGUGGAGGAAUUUAUUCGUAUAGUUGAAAAAAUUGAUCCAAAUGCAGUCGAACAAAAACUGGGGAAUUACAAAGUAGAAGAAAAGGUGUUUUUAAGUAGAAGAAAAUGGGGUUGGAUGAAAAUAUUCAAGUAUAAGCAUUCUGGAACUAUAUUUUCCUACGACUUCCAGUUUGAAUAUGCAGCAUCAGAGUUGGAUAAAGAAGACUAUAAAGAAUUGGAAAAUAGAAAUAUUAUUUAA